CCAGCGAAACAUAUUUGCGUUUAUCAAAUGAACUUUCUUGAAUUUAAGGAUUUGGAGUGUAUUUUAGACGUUGGAUGUUGCUUUUAAAAUUUUCAGAUAUUGUGAGCCUGAAGUAUAUCGGAUUUUUGUGGUCAAGAACACUGAUCAAGUAGUGGGCUAGUCUCCAAGGUGUGAUUCUCUGAUUGCAGUGCUUUUCAUAUCUCUGUCCCUUUUAAGGCUGGAUUCAAGAGAAUUCUUGUGAAGUUUUUGGGUUAUGACUUUUGACAAAGCCACAAACAGGUCCUAUAUGCUUGUGUCUUGCUUUGAUUCGUCUCACAGAAGCUGACAGUUAAAGACCUUGAUCUUGGAAUACUGCGUUGUUUUCUCUGGACAUAUGGGCUGCAUACUGCAGGUUCGUGUGAGACAGAUAGAAAGAACUAGAAGAAAUGGAGGCAAGCGGAGCGAGGGACAGAUGGGCUGAGAAAGAAAGUAAAAGAGAAAUCAGGAUGUUUAACUGGGUGGUGAAAGUGGUUCCACAGCCGCCUGAGUCUGAAGAGCCGGACAAGAGUUCGUCUAAAGAUGCCAAGAAAACGGCCCUGAAACCCAUUGAUGAGGACCAUCAAUCACUUGAUAGCAGCGGUGCACCCAAUGGGGUCCUGACCUGGCUGUCCAAUGGCUUUGUCAGCGCUCUGCCCCAACCGGCCGGGAGUCUUCAACCCAACAGAGCUAACUCUGAUGUCAAGUCAAUUGCCCCAGAGGAUGAUCCAAGGCAAGGUGGGGUGAUCAGCUGGAUCUCCCAGGGACUGGGCAAGGUAGUGCCACAGCCAGACGACAAGUACAAGGAGGGACGAACUGAUGAUGUGACAGAGGUAUAUGAGGCAAAAGACCUGCCAGAUGCUGAGCCGCUGCCACACAUACCAGUUGUGGAGCUUUUUUCUGAUGAAGAAUCCGAAGCUGACAGUAUCCCAAUUCAAUUCCCUCCCAAAGUGAUUGACUGGUUAAAGAACAGUGUUGAGAAUGCCAUACCUCAGCACCGGCCAGGCUACUCGGAGCCUUCCUCGAGAAGGACAACCCCCUGUUCUGAAAAAGGUACAGCGGCAGAGUCACACCUGCUGGCUCACAGGCUAUUCUCCACUCCACAGGGCCUGAGCUUUAUUUGGGGAGUUUAUUCACCACCUCCGGAGUCCCUCACCAGCGCAAAUGACGAGGACACAAAAAACUCAAAUGUGGUGGGCUGGAUUAUUCAUGGUCUGGGCCGUAUGAUGCCGCAGCCGGCGUUGAAAGGAAGCGAUGAUUCCGGAGAGAAUGGUGGCAUUGUGGUACAAAAUGCUUGGAGUCCCCCGGCACAGGGAGUACGGUCAAAGGGUCAUACUCCGAAGAAGGCCUCCCACCACCCUGCACCAGCAGUCUCCUCUGCUCAUUCAGUAAGUGUAUCACAUUCUGCUCACCUAAACGCAGAGGAACGGUCUACGCAGCUGGGACAGUCCGAGGUCCUGGAGGUGCUUGAGGCAGUGGAGAUGGAGGAUGCAGAGACACAGACAGGGAGAUGGACCCCUUUCAUAGAGAACCUUAAGAGGGAGGCCGAGCAUGCAGCCGUCACUUCAAUGGAGGAACGUCUGCGUCAGGAGCGCCUUGAGACAGCACAGAUGGCCCAGGAGGUGGCUAGGGAGGCUGCUGAGAUGACCAUAAGGCAACUGGCAGGGGAGCAAGGGAUGAGACUGGCCAUGCCACCGCACAUCCCGGUGGAGGAUCUUGAUGAGGAGCUGGAGCCAGAGUUACAGGUGCUGCAGCAGGAGGAGAGUGAAGGGGCCACCUCACACAGUGUAAUCACAGAGUUACAGGUGCUGCAUCAGGAGGAGAGUGAAGGGGCCACCUCACACAGUGUAAUCACAGAGUUACAGGUGCUGCAGCAGGAGGAGAGUGAAGGGGCCACCUCACACAGUGUAAUCACAGAGUUACAGGUGCUGCAUCAGGAGGAGAGUGAAGGGGCCACCUCACACAGUGUAAUCACAGAGUUACAGGUGCUGCAGCAGGAGGAGAGUGAAGGGGCCACCUCACACAGUGUAAUCACAGAGUUACAGGUGCUGCCGCAGGAGGAGAGUGAAGGGGCCACCUCACACAGUGUAAUCACAGAGUUACAAGUGCUGCAGCAGGAGGAGAGUGAGGUGGAGAUCACACAGAAUGUGUUCACAGAGUGCCAGGAAGUGUGCUAUGUUGAAGAAUUUCAACAAGUGGAAGAAGAGCUGGUAGAGCCAGCUGCAGAACAGGCCGUGGACGUUGUAUCACGCAGUUGCCAGCCCUCACCUCUGCAGGAGGAGCUAGAGCCGGUGAAAGAGCUACAGGAGGAGGAGGAAGAGGAGGAGGAGGAGGAGGAGGAGGCUUCACCUCCCAUACAGGAAGUCCCCUCACCUGUAAAAGCACCGUCACCCGGGAGAUCCCCAUCGCCUGAGCAGGAGCCUGAACCGGAGCAGGAGCAGGAGCAGGAGCAGGAGCAGGAGCAGGAGAAGGAGAGCAGAGAGCAGGCAGCGGAGUCUACCCCUGUUACAGAGCAGCCACAGGCAGCCACCUCCUCUUCUGACACCCCCACACAGGAGGAAGGAGCCGUGGCAGAAGAGGAAAUUGGUGUGUCCCCCCGCUGUAAUGUACUGAAGAGCUGUCUCAUGCACAUCCCUCACGCGCCCCAGUGUAUCAGCAGAGUGGAACAGCUGAUGCAGGAGAACAACAUCACUCCUCCUACACUGCCCCAGAUGCCUCAGAUGCCCAACUCCCUGUCUCAGCUACAGCAACAGAUAACAAAGCAGUUUCCUGUGACGCAGCAGUUCUGUGAGCUCCCACAGCAGCUGUCCCAGCGGCUCUCUCAGGGACUACCCCAGGGACUACCCCAGCAGUUCUCCCAGCAGUUCUCUCAGCUCACCCAAAGGUUCUCCAACCUGCCUCAGCAGUUACCUCAUUUAUCACAGCAGUUCCCCACUCCGCCGCCACAGCUGUCAAGUAUAUCCCAGAAAUUAUCCAGCCUGCCGGAGCAGGCCUCUUCCAUGUCACAACGUGCCCAGCAGUACUACUCAAACGUGGCCAACCGCCUCAACAGCCUUAAGCCCCAGUAG